UUGUGCAAAUAAAAAAGUAUUGUUUUAACCUCCAAUACAGCUGGCAUUCGGCUUGUUCGAAAUGAGUUGAAGUAAAUAUUUCAAUUCAAGUUAAUGAUUAUUUUACUAGUUGGUUGUCAUUUUAGUUGAAUCAUACACUUGUAUUUCAGUGCAAGUGAUUAGCUGUGAGUCAGUAGUUUAUCAGUUAGAAUUCGUGUAGUUCUUAAAAAAGAAAAGUGUAAAAAUAUAAAAAAUAUAUAUAAAAAAACAACAAAUUAAAAAUGUGUACCUAUCGCAAAACACCUACACUUUUGCUCUCACUCAGCUUCUUCGCGCUAAUUGUCAAUUCGCAACAGUUACCGCAAUCGAGUGCCGCAGAUAAGCGCGUUUGUGAGGAGCGGUGUAAUUUGGCAUUUCGCUGCGAUCCCUACUAUAGUGGACCACCUGUGUGGACAAUUAUGGAUGGCAUUUGCAAACUUUUCAAAACCGAUUGCCUCUUUGCCAGCGCCAAUUGUCAACGUCAGAAUGAAUGCAAGCCAAGAUUGGUUUUAACAACUCAGCAAAUGUGUCAAACAAAGUGCAGGGGCGACUGCGAGAAUGUACCCAAUAAGCCGGUAUGCGCUGGUUUUCCCUAUGUGACAAUGCAUGGCGAUCGAGAUGACGGUAUGAUAACCUUUAAAAAUCAAUGCGAAUUGGACAAGUGGUCUUGUUGGAACUCUAAAGCCUAUAUCUAUGCCAACAAUGGUACGUGUUUUUAAAAUGGUUUGAGCGAUCUGCAUGAAAUGGGGGAAAGAAUGGGGGAUAGAUAAUAAAUUUUUUUAAUAUCUGCAUAAAGAAUUUUUUAUGUGAAAAGUUUGUGUGGCUUUAAUUAAAAUUGUUAGUUUAAUAAGAACUUGGCAUGUGCAAUAAAAUCCCUCGAAAAUA